AUGCCGUUGAUGAGCCUCGUGGCAACCGCCAUCGACCAGCCCAAGCCCCGCGGCCGUGUUGUGGAUGACCUCUUGAAGUACGCCACCACUGACGCGGCCUGCGUGCGCUAUGAGCCAGGGACGCUCGCGACGCGCCAGGCCAAGGCAAGCCCGAUCCAUGUUUUGGGGGCAGGGGCGGACGCGGCGCGCGCGGCCGUGGGGGUGUUUGACCCGCUGCUGGCGUGGGCACGCGAGGAGAUGGGCUGGGACCUGGCAGCCUCCGACGACAUCGCCGGCCCAAACCAGGACCCCGCAGCGCUGGCGGCGGUGCGCAGCUACCUUGAAGGCCUCGACCCCUGGCGCCUGGCCGCCGCCGAGCAGCUGACCGCUGCCUGCAAGUCUGUCGUGCUCGCCGCCGCGCUGCUGCGCGGGCGCCUCGCGCCCGGGGACGCCCUCGACGCGUCGCGGCUGGAGGAGGCGUUCCAAAUAGAAGACUGGGGCAUGGUGGAGGCGGGGCACGACCUGGACGUGGCAGACCUGAAAACGCGCGUCGCGGCGCCGGCGCUGCUGGUCCGCCUGCUGGGCGCGCCGCCUGGGGCGGCGGGGUGA